AUACGUUUGAAAGUUUAUCGUUGAUUCGGGCCUGUAGGCAAUCCACAGAUAAAGGCCCACAAUGUUUUACUCCAGGCCCACAUUCGUUGCUCAUCAGGUUCCUCGAGACUAAUGAAUAUUUAUGAUUAAACUCGACACCGAAACACCACAGAGAAGAUUUCAGAAUUGAAGAUUAUGAUGGAGGCUGCCGACGAGAUAGAGGAUCAAGCAGAUGAGCAAAUCUGUGAUUCAUUCGUUUGUUGCGUUUGCCUAGAUCUCCUGUACAAGCCUAUUGUUCUGGCUUGUGGCCAUGUUUCCUGUUUCUGGUGUGUCCAUAGAUGCAUGAAUGGUCUUAGAGAGUCUCAUUGUCCGAUUUGUAGGCAUCCAUACCAUCAUUUUCCUACCAUCUGUCAGAUGCUUCAUUUUCUGCUCUUGAAGAUGUACCCCGUUACGUAUAAGAGAAGGGGAACUCAAACACUAGAGUAUGAGAAGUCAAUUGACUGCUUCUCACCAGAGAUUAAAGAUCCUGUACAUGCAACAAGUGAUAGUGAGAAAUCGAAUCAUCAGGGUGAUGCAGGCCAAUUGUCCCCUACAGAUGCUAGAGAACCCUCAUCUUCCUUAAGUUCACUUAGAGAGGGGCAAGCUGCUGCAAACAUGGAGGAACAAAGAUUUCCACCAUCAUUUGAAUGUGUUUGCUUGAACCAGCUAAAAGAAAACUCUUCUGGAGGUCUUGAAGUAACUAAUAGCGAUGCUGCUGAAGAAAAGUUAAAAUCCGGGAAAGAUAAUGGAGCUCAGGUGCGGGUGUCAAUUGCUGAUAUGCUUUGUGUAGCGUGCAUUCAACUGCUGUAUCGACCAGUUGUUCUUAACUGCGGACAUGUCUUCUGUGAGACUUGCAUAAGCAUCCCAGCAGAUGAAAAACUUAGGUGCCACGUAUGUCAGAGUUUGCAUCCAAAUGGAAUCCCCAAGGUUUGUCUGGAGCUUCAUCAUUUUCUGGAGAUCCAAUUUCCUACAGAGUAUGAACUUCGAAGAAACACAAUAAAGCAGGUCGAUUCUCAGCAAGAGGCUCCACAUAUAGGUUCAAUAGAAUCUAAUAAACAACGUGACCAUUUGUCGUUUACACCAGAAGAAAAUUUCUCUCCGCCAUGGGGCGAUCACAACGUACAUGUACAUUUUGGAGUUGGUUGUGAUUUUUGCGGGAUGUUUCCCAUAAUUGGAAAUAGAUAUAGAUGCAAAGAUUGUGUGGAGGCUAUAGGCUUUGAUCUUUGUGGUGAUUGUUACAAUACUAGGUCCAAGCUACCUGGCAGGUUUAAUCAGCAGCACACCCCAGAACACAGUUUUGAAGUUGUUGGAUCAAACUCCAUACGUAGGACGAUCUUGAGGCUGAUAAUGGGACAGGUAGAAGAUGGUGCGGCUGCUCCUAAUAUUCCUGAAAUUGACUUAGAAAACCCUGAAAAUGCAAUUCAUCCCGCUGAUGAUAAUGUUGAAGUGGAUGGAGGAAAUGAGUCGGUAUCCUUUCUUAUCUCAACCAGUAACCCACAGGAGCAAAGCGACGAGCAGUCACCCCCCAUGUGAAAUGCAACAGUGAUACUCUGGACCAUGGUGUCUGAGCCUUGUAGCAUUGCAAUUGAGCCUCAUAAUUUGAGCUUCUUACAAGUGUAUUGCAGUUUUGCAAUGCAUAUAUGCUGAAAAUUCAGUGUGAAUUUGGCUAUCGUAUAUAUAAUGUGAAAUAAAUGUUUAAGAUACCUUUGUUUAAUUGGUACGCUUUAUGCAUCUUCUCAAGAA